AUGGAAGUGGACCGAACCGGAAGCGAGCCUAGGCCAAGCCCGAGCCUGAACCAGAACCUGAGCCUGAGCCUGAACCCGGAGACCGAACCGGAACCAGAACCCGAGCCUGAGCCUGAACCUGAACUGAACCCGAACCUACAGGCCCGAGCCCGAACCGGGCCGGAGCCGAAGCCUGAGCCUGAACCUGAACCGGAACCGAACCCGACCUGGCGGGCCCGAACCAGAACCCGGCCUGAGCCUGAACCUGAACCUGAACCCGGAACCGGAACCCGAACCGAACCUGAGCCUCAGCCUGAACCUGAACCUGAACCUGAACCUGAACCUGAACCUGAACCGGAACCGGAACCGGAACUGAACCUGAGCCUGAGCCAGAGCCUGAGGCAGAACCCGAGCCAGAACCAGAGCCUGCCGGAACCUGAAACCGAGCCAGAACCAGAGCCUGAACCGGAACUGAGCCUGAGGCUGAGCCUGAGCCUGAGGAGCCUGAGCCAGAACCCGAGCGCCAGGCCAGAACCCGUGCCUGAGCCAGAACCCGAGCCUGAGCCAGAACCUGAGCCUGAACCCGAGCCAGAGCCUGAACCGGAACCUGAACCAGAACCCGAGCUGAACCCGAGGCCUGAACCCGAGCCUGAACCCAGCCCGAGCCUGAACGGAAUCAGAAACGAAACCUGGCCAGAAUCAGAUUCUGUAUCGGAACCUGAACCUGAACCCGAGCCCGCACCUGAGCAUGAAGCAAAAUCUGAAACUAAACCUGACUCCGGAGCCUAA